AUGUCUGGAGGCGAGAAUUGCGCUAGGUGCCAGGCUCCUAACCCGGAGAAGAAAUGCUCCAGGUGUCGUGUGGCAGGGUAUUGCAACGCGGAGUGUCAAAACGCACAUUGGAGAGAACACAGGGCGUCAUGUAUCCCUGAAAGUGUGCAGGGCAUUGUCAUCCGCUGCGAGGGCGAGCGAAAGCCGGGUGGCCCUUUCGCCGUGACCCAAGUUCCUCGCACACAUCCUCUUCAUACCAGUGGCUUGAGGCCACCUCUGCCAAAGAAAGUUGGAGUGCCUCUCAUUGUGUAUCGCCAUCCAAUUGAUCCUGGCACACCUCGAGGACCGCGGCUUGAUAACCAGAUCGCCACUUACCUGAUGAUUGACCUAAGGACAGGAUUCGCCCCUCCUGAAUUCCAACAACAGGCUGGGACUGUCACUGUGAUUCGCGCCGACUACAAGCCACUGACAAUGACCGAGAUUGAGACAAUCUGGAUGUACCACGACCACAUUCUCGAUCUCUUUGGAGAUGGUCCUCAGGUGGCACACUCUGCCAUGACAAAGGAACGAUUCCAAUCCUUCUGCCAGCGGUACAAGGAGGAGUGCUUGAUGAACAAUCGGAAAGAGUUCGAGGACCUGAAGCUUCCCAUCUGA